CGUAAUUUGCAUGGUCAUUUUCCAGGAGCCCCCCUCCAUGGAUCUUCCCUCCUAUAACAGCCAUGAUGAGAGGGGCAAGUCAACCAAUGAGAAGUUCCUUCCCAGAGCAGAGGUGGUCAGGUCCAAACUCAUCCAGAGCUUCUACCUGCUGGACCAGUUACAGGAGGAGCAGAGAGGAAGCCCCAAAUACUGCACCAAUGAUGUUUUAGACGAGGAGAACUACACCAGCCUGAUGGGGAAGGACACACACCAGCUAGUGCGUUUCGAGAUCUCCCCCCAGAGGGGCAGCACCAUCACCAUGGACCUCCGUCGCCAGGGACGACUGGAGAACCUCCAUGCCAACUAUCCGCCCUUGAACAUGUUUGCCCACUGGAUUCUAGAGAGUAAAAUAUUUAUGAAUAUCAUUGUCAUCCUCAUCAUUCUGAACACCAUUGUCUUGGAGAUACAAGCAGAGGUGUUUGACAACAUGGACCCCAAGCUGGAGAUUGUGAAACUGGUUCUGGAAAUGUUGGACUGGAGCAUCCUGGCCAUCUUCUUCCUGGAGAUCGUAUUGAAGUGGUUGGACAACUUCUGGAACUUCUGGAAAAGCACCUGGAACAUCUUUGAUUUUGCUGUCACCAUGCUGUCUGUUAUACCAGAGAUCGUGAAGGUCUUCAAAGGGGUGGACACUGACGACCUGGAGAUUGUGGCACUCCUAAAGAAGUUCCGUAUCCUCCGCUCCCUGAAAAUUAUCUCCAAAUUCAGGCAGAUCCGCCUUAUCGUGUUGGCCAUCUCCAAAGCUUUCAAGGCUAUGACCUUCAUAUUCUUACUGCUGCUGGUGUUUGCUUAUAUCUUCGCUGUGGUUGGAGUCAUCCUGUUCGAGAGUUACACUCGCUCCAACAUCGAGGGCCUGGUCUACAAUAUGAACUUUAAAGAUAUCUACAACUCCUUCAUCACCCUCUUCAUCCUCUUCACCAUGGAUCACUGGUAUGCUCUGCUCGCCGACACCCGCAAAGUUCCAGAACUGGACAAAGCCAUAUGUGGCCUAUACAUCAUCCUCUGGCUCCUCAUAGGCUCCUUCGUAUUCCGCAAUAUCUUUGUGGGUAUUAUGGUGAAUAACUUCCAGGCCAUUCGGAGUGACCUCUCUAAAGAGGUACAGCAGAUUGAGAUCCAGGCCAAAGCUGAUCUCUUUAAAGCUGAGAUCAUAAACAGGAGGAUAAGUCAUUCGAAAUUUGCCGGGCUGAGCAAAGUGGCAGAGGAUGGUGAAGAGUCAUUUUCCACUGAGGAUCUACUACAGUUUACAAGAUCUAAUAUUCCAGAAAAAGACUGGGAGUCUUACGUGGAGGAGAAUAUGAAGGUGAUGCAGGAGCAGGAGGAGGACGAGAAAGUCACCUGGCCCCGGGAUUCCCUUUUCAGGUACUUUGAGCUGCUGGAGGUUCUCCAGCACAACCUGGACGAGAGGAAGAGGCUGCAGAACUUAGCAGUUCAGGCGUUGCUAAACCUGCACGACUCAUAGGACCCCACAUCGACAUCUAUUCAGAAGAGCCACCAUAUUUUGAAGAAAAUAAAACAUGUUUUUUUUUUCUUCCCAGUAUUGUCAGUGUCCAUAUUCAAUUAGUC